GUCUGUGUGCGCGAUGCCAGCCAAACCUGCGCCCAUCAAGAAGUCCCCAGCCAAGAGGGCAGCCGAGAAGGCGCCUGAGCCCGCCACGGAACCUGAGCCCGCCCCGGCGCAGGCUCCACCUGCGGAAACACCUGCGGAGCCCGCACCUGUGGAAGCUGCUCCCCCCGAGACUGCAGCUCCCCACGUCGAGGGAGAGGCAGCCCCCGCCCCGUCAGCUGAGGACACCCCAGCUGCUGAAGGAAGCGCUCCAGCUGCUCCAGCUGAAGCUGUCAUAGUUGAGGAGCCACCCAAGGCCCCCACGCCCACACCUCCUGCAGUCCCCACCAGUGCUCCUCUGGACCUAUCUGUGGAUGAUGUGAACGACUCCAGCCUCACCAUUAAAUGGAAGACGCCGGAGACCAUCGGCGACUCUGGCCUGGACGGAUACACAGUCGAGUACUGCAAGGAUGGAACAACAGACUGGGUUGUAGGUAACGAGGAACUGACCCCAGCAAACCGCUACUGCAUCAAGAAUCUAACAGCCGGUGACCUUCUGCAUGUUCGCGUGGUGGCUGUAAACCCCGGGGGCCGUAGUGAACCUGGUACACUUGCUGAGCCUGUGCCGAUCCGUGAGAUUGCUGACCGUCCCAAGAUCCGCAUGCCACGCAUUCUCAGAUCCCGUUACACCAGGCAGGUUGGAGAGCAGAUCAACCUGGUCAUCCCCUUUCUUGGGAAGCCCAAACCUGUGGUGUCCUGGCUUAAGGAUGGUCAGCCUUUGGAUAAUAAGAGGGUCAACGUCAGGAACAGUGACAAGGACAGCAUCAUGUUUAUCCGCACAGCUCAGAGGGAGGACUCUGGUGUUUAUGAGAUGACUAUUAAAGUGGACAGCUUUGAAGACAAAGCCACCCUCACCCUUCAGAUUGUAGAGCUGCCCGGUCCUCCUGCCAGUGUGAAGCUGGUGGACACCUGGGGUUUCAACGCUGCUCUUGAAUGGACUCCUCCCAAGGAUAACGGCAACACAGACAUCACUGGAUAUACCGUUCAGAAGGCCGACAGGAAGACCGAGGAAUGGUUCACAGUGCUGGAGCACUACCACAGGCUAACGGCCACUGUCUCAGACCUCAUCAUGGGCAACGCGUACUCCUUCAGGGUGUUUGCUGAGAACCAAGUGGGCAUCAGUGAGGCGAGCACUGUCACUAGGGAGGUGGCCACCAUCCAGAAGACAGGUAUUGUCUACAAGCCUCCCGAGUACCUGGAGCACAACUUCAGCGAGGCACCAAAGUUCACGACACCCCUCAACGACCGCGCUGCCACUGUGGGAUACACCACCAAGCUGCUGUGUUCUGUUCGUGGAUGCCCCAAGCCAAAGAUCGAGUGGCUGAAAAAUCAGAUGGUCAUUGGUGACGACCCCAAGUUUCGUCAGAUCUCCAACCAGGGCAUUUGCUCUCUCGAGAUCCGUAAGCCCUGCAGCUUUGACGGUGGUGUGUACACCUGCAGAGCCAAGAAUGCCCAGGGAGAGGCCACUGUCUCCUGCAAGCUGGAGGUCAAACAGGUUAUUCUUCCAGAGGCUGACAAGGAGAAGGGCAAAUAAACUAACAUCUUAAUCUCCAGAGUGCCUUUAAAGGACCAGCAGAAGUCAAGGUCUUAUGUUUUAAGCUCUCUUAUCUCGUCCAGAGUGUUUGAGAAGAUGAGAGAAAAAGUCGUGGCUGGCUGUGCAGCAGUGUGUACAUAAUGAAGAAAUGGACAGAACAACAUACCAACAUCUCCAUAUCUGUUCCCACCAACACAUCCGAACUCACCCACUCCUUCCAGUAUGCAGGGAGGACCCACACCACCCCACCGAUCCCAGUUUGCCAAAUGUUGUACGUUAUUUUAGUUGGUACCAUGUAUGUAAGGCUAUAUUUACCAUGUUUUUUCUGUCUGUGUCCAAUUGCUGUUUGUUAUAGUAUAUACAUGUACUGCUCAAUAAAACAGUGACAUCUUCGACAUGCUAUUGCAAUGACUGUAUGGCUGUUUAAUAAAAUUGUAUUUUAUUACAUAUUAUCUGGGUUUCUACACAAAUUUCACAAUACUGUUUGAUGACUGCAGUAACAUGUUACACAAGUUUAUAGGAUUUACAAGACCACCGAUGCAAGUUUUGCAGCAUUGUAAUUUUAUAAUGAAACAGCCCUAUAUGGUCAGAUCUGCUGGCAUUCGAAGAGUGACAUGUUGGCAUUGGGAUUUGUCCAAAUGACAAAAAGUGGUUUCCAACUAUGCUGAUAGGUUUAGAUUUAUCUGCUGAGGUUUUGAGAUGGGCAUCUCUAAGAUUUCCGCAGCGAGUGGAAUUUUUUCGUUUAAGCUGCUCAAAUUGUUGACAAACAUAUUGAGAAAACACUUUAGAAUCUGUUACUGUAAAACACUUACAGACUAUGCUGUCAAUAGUUUUUACUGGAAGUACACUCUAACAAGGAGAUAACAAAUAGUCUCUAAAGCAUUUACCUCUAAACCUCAGGUCAUACAGUAAGAAAUUUGUAAAAAAUCUGCAUGGCUAGAUACCACCAGUGGUAAGUGAGUUUUUUUGUGUGAUGUGGGUAAACUGAAUCUUUAAAUAAAUACUCCACUGUAUCAAAU